AUGUCAGAUCAAUCCCUUAGACGCAAGCCCAGGUCCACAGGCUACACCCGACAGCGUCAAGGGUGUUUGACCUGUCGUCGGAGGAAGAAGAAAUGCGAUCGCUCCUAUCCCUUCUGCGGUCAUUGCUCUCGCCUCAAUCUGGUCUGUGAGCGCGAGUCGCCGCGGCCCUUACACCCGGAUUCAGGUGUCGAAAAGGCUGCACACCGAGCCCCGGGCUCUGGCCCAGAUACAGGAACUUUGCUUUUCCCGUACCUGAAAACCCAAGACACUCUCGACAAUGCUCUUGGCCGCUCUGACUCUGCGAGCAGCCGUCGGGCUAUGCUCCGGUAUUACACAACUUCAUUUGCUGCAAUGCUUAGCACUAACCAUGAGAACAACUGUUUUCUCUCAGUGCUACUGCCUAUGGCCUUCGAGUCUUCUACCCUAAUGUAUACUCUGACGGCCUGGGCGUCCACUCAUCUGUCACAAAUCGAGCCAAGAUUUCGAGACAUAGCACUUCAGCAUCGAGGAACUGCACUCAGAUGUCUAAAGGCAGACCUUGAUGAAAUGUCCAUCUCACACGAAAUGUGGCUGGCUGUGACCAUGGCCUCGUGUUCUAUGGAGAGCAUCUCUGAUGGCACUCAGAACUGGUAUGAGCACCUGGUCGGUGGUGCCAUUGCCUUGGGAGUACCAAUUGGCAGUAAUACUCCUCCUUCGAAAGAUCAUUCAGAGUUUAGUACCACCGAGGGCAAGUGGUUGUUGAGGAAUUUCGCUUACCACGACAUCCUCAUGAGCGUGUCUAUGGAUUGCCGGCCCCUACUUCUUGGAGAUUACUGGCUGGAUCAGAAUGAGCAGAAGGCCGAUCCAUACUUUGGUCUCGCUGCACGAAUCCUCCGUCUGAUUGGGCAGAUAAGCUGCCUCAACGCCGACUUUACUGAUGCCACAAUGGCAAAUUCAGCAGUGUCCGAGGAAAUCUCUCACAAAUCAACCAAUGCACAGUUCUCUGAGACAGCGAAAGCCAUAGAGGCUGAGUUGAUCCAAUGGAUAUACCCUGAUGAGUACCGUGGAUCAACGCUGGCUCAACUCGCUGAGACAUAUCGUGAUGCUGCUUUCUUGCACCUGUAUAGAACGUUGCGUCGACAUCUGAGAGGGUUCGAGCCGGUCUUGAACGGAAAGAUUAGAAAGAAUGUCGAAUCAAUAUGUGCAAGGGUUCGCGAUAUGCCCACAGGAUGCCUUCCAGAAUGCACCUUAUUAUUCCCUCUCUUUAUGGCUGGCGGUGAAGCGGAGGAGCUUUCGCAAAUCGCUACGAUCCGGGAGAAGAUGCGGAGUAUCAAUGAGCGACGCCGGUUUCGAAAUGUCGAAGUAUGUCUCCAAGUUCUUGACGAACUUUGGAGACUGAGGAUAUCGGGCACUGGAAGCAUGGAAGGUGCUCGGCUAGAUUGGUUAGAUGUCGUCCGUUCGAGAGGCUACAAGUUAGCUCUCACGUGA